CUUCAAUGAUCUGGUACGUUUGUACGGCUCGCAAUACUCUGCUAGCGCGUGCCGUGGAUGAACGCGGCUGCUGAUUAGCGCUUUCCCAGGGUAGUGGAUACACAAAUACAUUAGCACGUGGUGACACUACACUUACCCUUGGAACUGUCAAACUGUCAGACCUGGCCGGCGAUGACGAAGCACAAUACGUGGAAGUGACAGUCGGUUACAUAACCAGAAAAAAGAGGUUUCAAAUGGCGUCAUCCCUUCCCUAGAAGAUUCUAGAACAUUUGGGGACAACAUUUGUCUUAGGGACUUAGUAAUUAUUAAAUCGUAUCUGCAAAUAAACGAUUCUCAACAAACAUCGAUCGUAAUGAAACCUGCGAGGAACAGAUCAUCCAAAGGCGUUGCAAUAUUGGAGACUUCAACAAACAAAUCUGAAGCCGCCAUGGCGUCUUUACCGGGUCCCUCCAUUUGUGCAACACCGUACCAACGGCGUCGUGGCGUUCAGCACAUCAAGCAGGAACCAACUCCAUCAUCCGGAAGCGUUCAAAGUGAAUCGGUACGGCCAGCAAAGGUGAAGCAAGAGUGCAUCGAUGCCCCAAGCCAGAAAGCAGCACCGAUCGUGCCACUCCAAGCUUCGUUGCAGUCAUCUCUGCCUGACGAGAUCGCCAGUCCACCGGUAGCGCCGAAACGGAAGCCACCUCAAGCACGUGCCACGACGACCCGGAAGCCAGCAGCAGCAUCACCCUCCCGCCGACCAUCCCGUGCAGCCGUCCCGCGGACAGCCGCUGCCGGGAGCAAGCCGCCACCGCAGCAAGCCAGCCGGGCGGCGUCGUCCCGUAACCGCAACUACCGCAUACCCAUCCCCGAUCCGGCCGGCACUACCAUCAACAUUGGCGAGGAUCUGGACUACGAUUUUCUGAUGACGCGCGUCUAUCCGUACGUGUCCUGCUUUCCGGCCGCCCGCAAGCUGGUCAUCUACGACAAGAUGCUGCAGCUGGUGUACCGCGAGUACAUGCGGGAGAAGCGCGCGCUGGACACGGCUGCAAUUGCCGGUUCGGAGCUGGCCUGAGCCGCGGAACAGGAUUUCCCCCCCGUGUGGGGGGGCUGUAAUUUAAAGUAGCUUUGUUUUUGUGAACCUCAUUGUAGCUCAAUUCAAAUACAUUCUUUGUCCUUCUGCGAAGGGAAGAAACAUUGCUCGUUAUCAUUGUGUGUGUGUGUGUGUAUUGUUCUGAAGUAACCUCUCGAGAGCGCUCGGUGGAAAAUUGUACAAUACGCAUGCUUUUUCGCAAAACGGAGAAUGCGCCACCAACACACCCUUAGCCGGCUUUUUCCGCUCACACCAAUACACGGACUACUCUGUACGGGUUGCUUGUGUGUAUGUGGAUUUCGAUUUCGUUUUUCCGUGCGUUGCCUUGGUGUGCGUUGCUGCACGGUUCAUCGUUCGAAGGUGGCAGGAAGGCAUUCGCCUCGGUAUUGCGCAAUCUCUUCCCGUUCUUCAAGGACUUUUCCAGAGGUUGCCUAGAACGAGUGAAAAGAGAGAGAGAGUGAGACAGAGAGAGAAUGGAAGCCAAAAGGGAUGCAUAGUAUGUGUUGCUAACCGCACACCCUUGCAGGAUAUAGGAUACCUUUUCCGGGGGCAGCUUGGACGACGGGGUUUGCUAUAUUUAUAUCCACUCAUCCCCCAUCUUUGUGUCGGCAAAGUGCAACAUGCGUGUUUGAAUGUGUUUGUGUCAGCUGCCGGCGUUUUUCCUUCUUUGCCGUUAUGUAAAGUUCCGGACCUGUGUGUGUGUGUCUGUGUGGAUCGAUUCCACUUUUCGUCGACGUCACGCCACGGCAACAGCUGAGCGGUGGCCGUGUGGGAGACACGACCCCCACACGCCAUGGUGGUGGUGGUGCAGGAGCGACCGUACAUAGGCGAUUUUUCCCCGCUUUUUCGAAAGGAAAAGUGGUGGAUGUGCCCCGAUCAGCUGAGUGCCCGCCCACAUGUACACCGGGGAAGGCACGCGUACGGUGGUACGGCUGUAUGCAACGGACGGGCCCACUUUUGCCUGCCCUGCGGGGCUUACACGCACACACGCACACAUAGUCAGCAGGCAAAACUGCUCGAAUCGAGUAGUUUUUCUCGGUUUUGGGGUUUUGGAUUUUUAUUUUUAAAUCUAUUUUAAGG